UAGACAUACAUAUGUCAUAGUGAAACCACAUUUGUAAAAAGAGGAAAAAACUGUAUGUGUGCGAAAUACAUAUAAUAACAAAUCAAUUAAAUCAAACUCAUUUCAAUCAUACAACAACAAAAACAACACGCACAUAGAAUAUAAACGGCAAAAAGGAAACGAAGAAACCAGAAAUCGCACAAACAUCAAUGACACAAAGUGUGUGUAUGUGAAGGCAAAUGAAUGAAUGAGAGUGAAAGAGAUAAGGUGCGAGCGGUGAAAAUAUGAACAAGACGCAUUUCCAAUAGAAGUAAAAAAAAAUCACACAUUGAUUCUGCCAUACACUAGUAAAUAAACGCAAUAGAAGAAAAAAGACCCGAGAAGAACGAAAAUUCCAAACCACGACGAACGAAGAAAGAACUGACGGAUCAUUUUACAUAGUUGAAAUUUCAUUUUUUCAAAUCAAAACGUGCACCAAACAAACAAGUGGUCUUCAUUGAAUGAGAAAACAAAAGUGUCAAAGAAAAGAAGAUAAGAAAAAUAUGCCGAAUCAACGUUGGUGAAAUCAAACAAAAUUAAACAAUUCAACAAUUAUUGAAAAUAUUCACAUCGUUAUUACAAUCGAAAGUAAACAUACACACACCUGAUACAUACACCAAAUUUCAUCGACAAAAUUUCAUUGAAAUUAUGAAAAUUAGAAAGAAAUUAGAUAAAAAACGGACCGAAAAUCACGCAAUACGAUUGGAUGAUGUGUCAAUUCUACCCGCAUUUCAAAUGUAACGAGCAAACCAAUAAAAUACAGCAGCACGCUUAUUUCAUACAUCUAAUUUUAAUCAUCAAUAGCAGUUCUAAGAACUCAAACCAACAAUUUUAAAGCAGAAAACCAAAAGAAAUUCGUUUUAUUUUAAAACCACACAUGCGUUGCAAAUUGUUUUGUUUACUGUGUAUAAUUGAUAAGUUUUGAAUUUUUUUUUUGCGACAUAAGUUAUUCAAUAUUGCCGUAAGUGGAAGUUGUGUUCGAAUCCGGAUUCAGUGUUAAUUCAGUUUUAAACCACCGGUUUUACUCUCUCGAUGAAUUGUUGCCGUUUGCCGAAUCAUUCAAAUUCGUUUGGAAAAUCAAAUUGUUUCGCCGCAACGUGAGCCGACCCGUGUUGUUGAGCGUGUGGUGUGUGGCACAAGAGAACGGUGUGCCGACACAAAAUGUCACAAAUUAAUAAAGGUCAUCAUGUGAAGGAAACGAAAACUGAACUCCCGUCCCGUGUCGCUCAAUGGUACUACAAGCAUGGCUUAUUCCUAUCGAGCUAUCCCACCUGUGCUUCCAGUUUGGCCAUUUUUAUGGUUUUAUCAUCAUGCUAUCCUUUGCUAAAUAUUCCGCUACCCGGUACAAUUCCAACCAAAAUCAUUUUGCCAUACGAACAUCAAACGACAACGAUAAAAUCGCCAACCAUUUUAACGAAUUCAGAUAAGGUGCCAUCGGGUUCAGGGAAUGCAUCGCACGAACAGCCACCGUUUCCAUGGGCAAACAGCGAUCCAUUUGUUUACAUUCAACAGAUUGUGCUGCGUUCCAGUGUUUUACCAUGGCGAAAAAAUCUACUGCUUACGGACGCGUAUCGUGGUCCAUUGCACGAAAUUUUCAAACUAUUGGAAAUUGUUCGGAAUCACGAAGAGGAAACGAGCAAAACUAAUUUGGCCAAUAUAUGCUUGCAUGUGGAAAAUGUGAAAAAACCCACCAAAUAUUCAUCCAUUUUCCCCGAAUACAACUGUCUCAUACUGUCACCGGCGAAUCUGUGGCAACAAAAUGCACAAAACUUUAAGAAGGACACAAAUCUUUUGUCAACAAUUUUUCAUCAUCAUAAUUUACAAAAAUCGAAAGUAUCAACGGCUGAGAUGCUCUUCGGAAUGUUGUUACGCGAUUCAGGCGUUAAACGAUAUCCGAUACGAGUGCGGCCGAGAAUCAUUCAAUACGCAAUUACAUUGGUGCUGGAAAAGAAUGAUCCCGUUUUUAUUGAGUCACUCAAGCAGAAAUUGAUUCAAGCAUAUCCAUUACAUCAGGAGAAUGUGGCAACGAUGACGGCAACGAAACCGGCACACCGUGAAGCAAUCACAUACAUUUAUUACCCGGGUGAAUUCAAUGUAAUCGAAUGUGUACCGAUGUGCAUUGCAUUUUUGCUGGUGUUUAUGUACGUGUAUUUUUCAAUGCGAAAAAUUGAUGUGUUUAAAUCACGUUUUGUGCUGGCCAUCAGUGCAGUGGUAACGGUAUUGAGUAGUUUAAUGAUGGCAUUGGGGCUGUGUUUCUUCUUCGGUCUAACAAUAAGUAUGCAAUCUCGUGGUGUAUUGCCGUAUCUCAUAAUGUUGUUUGGAUUGGAAAAUGUGUUGGUCAUCACAAAAAGUGUGGUGUCCACGGAUGAGAAAUUCGAUGUAAAAAUUCGUGUCGCACAAGGACUGAGCAAAGAAGGAUGGUCCAUCACGAAAACAUUACUCACAGAGAUUACAAUUCUAACGAUUGGCUUGGUGACAUUUGUGCCAGUCAUUCAAGAGUUUAGUAUAUUUGCCAUUGUCGGUUUGAUUUCGGACUUUUUCAUGCAGAUGCUUUUGUUUUCCACGGUGCUUGCAUUGAACAUACGACGCAUUGAGUUUAGCAAUUUGGCAAAAUCAUCAAAUGUACCGGACAUGGCGCAACGAGUACCGUAUCGUUAUGUGGGCAGCACACCUAAAGCACAAUCCACUUCAAUGAGCCGAUCUCGUUCACAUCCAAAAUUCUCCGUCGCUGCCGAUUCAAUGCAACCGACAGAUGUGGUGGCCGCUGGCAAAGCCAUAGCUGAAACCAAAAAGAUACCCAAACGACUGAAGAUCAUCAAUUUUUGGGCACGAACACGUUUCUUUCAACGUGCAUUCAUGCUCUGGAUGAUCGUGUGGAUUUGCUCGAUCGUUUAUAAUUCCGAUAUUUUUGCGCAUAUUUUCGUGAUGGAAGCGAAAAAUCACACCGAUCUACCCGAUGACAAUGGCUUUGAGAACUAUGCCCCGCACGGGAUGCAAAUGUCAAAUAUGGAUAUUAAGCAUGGUGAUAGUGUGUCUUUUGUGGAAAAAGAGGGUGAUUCACAGCACAAGAGCACAUAUUUUGAUGAAAAACAAUACAAUUUGACCGAACAAUUGAAUAAACUCCGUCAUCCCGAUUACGAUGUGAAUUUGCAUUUGUCCAAUUUUCAUUGGUCAUCCGUUUUAAAGCAGUACAACAUUUCGGUGAGUGGCAAAUAUGUGACAAUUCUGCCGACCAUUCGCAUUUCACACGUGGUCACACCGGACGAAGCGAUUUACUUGCGAAACGUUGACGAAAAGCCAAAACUACAUUUUCAAUGGAAAGCUCUGGCCAUUGCAUUAGAUCCCAUCGAUUUUGCUGAUAUGGAAGAAAAAGAGGGUUCAAUUGCAUACCAUCUGACUGCAGGCGGUUACAAUAUCGGUUCAACGCCACUAUACCCAAAAACACCCAUGGAAAUGCUACUCGCCACCAUUCUGUGCACAAUCAGCAUCGUUGUUGUGUCGUAUGCAAUGAUCGUGUUUUAUCGAUGCAUCUGCAGUCGUAACUAUGCCGAAUGGCGUUCCAGUUGGAAUGACUCAAAAACCGAUAUUGCCUACCCGAAAACACAACGAAUCUUUGAAAGUAUUCCAAUACAAAUAAAAGGUCAUAGCCAUCGAAUUGAGUGCAUGGUGACCGAUGGACGGAUGCUAGCUUGCUCGUGUCUCGAUGGCAAAAUCACCACUUGGGACGUUUCAAAUGGCGAACAAAUCAGUGUGAUAAAUCGUAAGAAUUAUUUUAAUAUAAAUCGCCGACUGUCUGGUUCAUACACACCAUCGGCGGGUGGUAAUGAUGGAUCAUCACCGAUCACAAUGACUGCCACACCAACGGUGGCAUCAAAUAAAAAACCAGAAGUUUCUCCCAUUUGGUGUUUGGACUACACCGACAAUUUAAUUGUGAUUGGAUGCGCAGAUGGAAAAAUUGAGUUCUGGGAAAGCACAACUGGCACACUUAAGUGUAUUUACGAAGGAGAAGGAAAGCAAAACUAUGGAAUAACUCAUUUGCACUUGAGCGGCGAUCGUUUAGUGGCAGCCCGACUGAAUGGUCGAAUCGACUUUUUGCGAUUGGAAACAUACAACCAAGGACGACAAAUUGACUGGGGUUUCAUGUCGGCCUAUCGACGAACACACGUUCGAACUGGUUCGACGGGAAGUUUGUCAAAUUCUCAAUUGGCCAGCCAGGGCAAUGACAUUUGCUCGAUAGCAUCGAGCAGUCAAGAAGAGAUGCGAUGUUUUUUGGAACAACAGCAUCAAGGCCAUCAACAGCUAAUUACAUGCAUGGAUGUGGUUGGUAAUACGGUUUUAACUGGAAGUCAAGACCAUACGUUGAAGGUUUUCAAAUUGGAUUUAGCCAAUUUAGUGUUUACACUACACGGACAUUACGGUCCAAUAACAAGUAUAUUCAUUGAUCACUACCAAAGUUGCACGGGCGGAUCGGGUUCACAGGACGGUUUGCUGUGUGUGUGGGAUUUGAUAACUGGCGCCUGUAUGUAUAGUAUUCAAGCGCAUGACGGUGCAAUUGUGUCGCUGAUUUGUUCGUCAAGCUAUGUGAUUUCAAUAGGAACGGAUGAGCGUCUAUACAUUUGGGAGCGAUUCCAAGGGAAUUUGCUCAACACCAUCAAUGUGCCUUAUGUUUACACAAGUUUAUUGAUGUUGACACCAUCGCUGCUAAUCACGGCUAAACCAGGUGCAUUGGUCAUUUGGGAUGUACGACGCGGCGAACAGACACGAGAAAUCAAAUUGGACUGUCUGAAUUCGCAUCUGUGCUCGAAAAAGAUCUUAUUCGCAAGCGGCUCGGUGGUUUGUGACUAUGGCAAUGAGAUGCGAAUCAUACGCUUUCCAAUCGUCAAUGAUAAGUGCGAUUAAACGAGAAAGAGAGAAUAGAACAAACACAAUCUGACGACAUUCGACGGACAAACAUCAUGAAAUAUAUAUAUAUGUAACAAAGAACGAGCAUCAUAUUUAUUAUUCAUCACAUGCGCAUUUUUUUCCCUUCAUUAUUCCUAAAGAGAUUCAGAUUCAUUUUUCGAAUCACGCUUGAUCCAUUCGUUGUGUCUGAAGUGAACCGUCCAAUGAACACUUAGCGAUCAAAUGGCCAAAUUUUUCUUUAAAGAAAUAUGUAACAAAAAAAAAAAACAACCAACCUCCCCUCUUCGAUAACCAAAAUGCAAAAUUUACAUUAGGCUGAAGCAAUUUUCUCUGUAUAUUAUUUAAGUAAUGUAACACAUGCAAAAAAGUAACAUUAGAAAACGGAUUUUUUUUUUAAAUUUAAAUAAUAAAUAAAACAUUUUGAAAUGAAAAA